GUGCCGCUGCGCAUAAAUAUGAUGAGAGUGUUUUUGAUCCGAAUCUGCGCUUUCGUUUCUAUCCCUAGCCACAAUAUCAAGAUACGACCCACUACUUUUCUACAAUAUUACUUUUUCUCCUCUUCGACAUUUCCAGAAUAUCUUGAACCCCAUUUCAGCUCCUCUGAAAGUAUCACAUUUACGCAAGUAUUCCCAGAGAUGAACAACAUCAACAAAUCUCCAGUUUUUGUCCGCAAUUUUGAACAUUUGGUGCGCCAGGAUGUUGCGUUGGUCGGUGGGAAGAACUCCUCCUUGGGAGAAAUGAUCGGUGCUCUCACAGCGAAAGGUAUCUCGGUGCCACCAGGAUUCGCAACGACUUCCAACACCUACUGGCACUACGUCGAUGCCAACAAUAUCCGGGAGAAAAUGACCAAACUCAUCGGCGAAUGGCAGUCGGCCAAGACCAGCCUCGCUGAUACCGGCAAGGAAGUGCGAAAUCUCUUUCUGCGCGGAGACUGGCCAGAUGAUGCAGCAGCUGCCAUCAAGACCGCCUACCAAGAGCUUUCAGCCAAAGCUGGCACGAAAAACCUAGGUGUUGCCGUUCGCUCCAGCGCAACUGCCGAAGAUUUACCCGAUGCGAGCUUUGCUGGCCAGCAAGAGACCUUCCUCAACAUUUCCGGCGAAGACGCCCUCUUGAACGCCUGUCGACGCUGCUAUGCCUCACUCUUCACCGACAGAGCCAUCAGCUAUCGCCAAACCAAACACUUCGAUCACAUGAAGGUGGCGCUAUCGAUUGGCGUACAGCAGAUGGUUCGAUCGGACCUUAGCGGCUCCGGCGUCAUGUUCUCCCUCGAUACUGAAAGCGGCUUCGACAGGGUUGUGCUCAUCAAUGCAGCGUGGGGACUGGGCGAGAACAUUGUCCAAGGCACUGUCAACCCGGACGAGUAUCAGGUUUACAAGCCCCUGCUUGUCAAUCCCGAGUACGUUCCUAUCAUCGAAAAGAAACGCGGUGAGAAGGAGGUCAAGAUGAUAUAUGGAGACGAACACAUGCCGACUCGCAAUGUACCCACCUCAAAGCAUGAGCGCGCCUCGUUCGUCCUCAACGACUCGGAAAUUCUCCAGUUGGCAACCUGGGCAUGCACAAUCGAGCAGCAUUACGGCUGCCCCAUGGACAUUGAAUGGGCCAAGGACGGCGUUUCAGGCGACUUAUUUAUCGUCCAGGCACGUCCGGAAACCGUCCAGGCGCGUCGUGAAGCGGGCGUCUUCAAGACAUACAAGCUCGGCAAGAAAGGCCGGGUGCUUACGACAGGGCUGUCAGUCGGCGAGGCGGCUGUCACAGGACGUCUUUGUCUGCUCGAAACAGCCAAAGACAUCGACAAGUUCAUCGACGGCUCGAUCCUGGUGACAGAGACGACCGAUCCGGAUUGGGUGCCGAUUAUGAAGCGUGCUGCAGCCAUCAUUACCGACCACGGCGGCCGAACAUCGCAUGCUGCCAUCGUUAGUCGAGAACUUGGCGUUCCGGCCGUCGUCGGUACAGGCAAUGCCACCUACCUCCUACACACCGGGAGGGAUGUGACUGUAAGCUGCGCAGAAGGCGACGAAGGCUUCGUCUACGACGGGAUUGCCGAUAUCACAACCAAGGAACUGGAUGUGACUGGUCUCCCGCCCACUCGCACCAAGAUCAUGCUCAAUCUAGCCAACCCAGCAUCAGCUUACCGCUGGUGGCGACUCCCCGCCGACGGUAUCGGCCUUGCACGCAUGGAGUUCGUCGUCAGCAACCAUAUUCAGGUGCAUCCGAUGGCGCUUGUCCGCUUUGACCACCUCAAGGACGAAAAGGCCAAGCAAGAAAUUGCCAGACUGACCAAAGGCUACGCAGACAAGCCCGAGUAUUUCGUCGACAAGCUCGCACGGGGCCUUGCCUGCCUGUGUGCUGCUGUUUAUCCCAAGCCUGCAAUCAUUCGUUUGAGUGACUUCAAGACCAACGAGUACGCCAACCUUGUGGGCGGCGAAGAGUUUGAGCCCAAAGAAGAAAACCCAAUGUUAGGGUUCCGUGGCGCCUCACGCUAUUACUCGCCACGCUACAAGGAAGGCUUCGCACUUGAAUGCAGAGCCAUCAAGCGCCUACGCGAGGAGAUGGGCUUUACAAAUGCCAUUGUAAUGGUCCCAUUCUGUCGUACGGUCGGCGAGGCCGCAAAAGUGCUCCGGGUCAUGUCCGAGAAUGGACUGACCCGCGGUGAGAAUGGACUACAGGUCUAUGUCAUGUGCGAGAUCCCUUCCAACGUCAUUCUAGCGGCCGAAUUCACAAAGCACUUUGACGGCUUCUCCAUUGGCUCCAACGACUUGACCCAGCUAACCCUCGGCGUCGACCGCGAUUCCGGCGAGCUUGCCGAUCUCUUCGAUGAGCAGGACAAGGCGGUCAAAUGGAUGAUCUCAACAGUUAUCACUGAAGCUCGCAAGGCUGGCCGCAAGAUUGGACUUUGCGGACAGGCUCCGAGCAAUCAUCCCGAAUUUGCGGCAUUCCUGGUGGAUUGUGGUAUCAAUUCGGUCUCUGUCAGCCCGGACAGUUUCCUUGAAGUCAAGAAGCAUGUGAUUGCGAGUGAAAAAGCAGAAAUCAACGGGACUGGAUGAUCUUUACGACGACGGUGGAUUCAUGGUAAGUUUAGGAUGGUGGUUGGAUGAUUAUUUUAUAGUUCCUAUGAUUCAAAACAAAGGCAUAUUGGGCCACAUGAGUGAAUCAUGCCAUUUGAGCGAUGAUCCAAAUAAUGAAUACAAAACACUUCCGAGAUCA